AUGCGUUUCCGCACUCAAGUGGUCAACACCGCCACCCUUACCAAGCUAAUUGGCUCUCUCUCUUCGCUCGGCAAACUCUGCUGGAUGCGCCUUGAGGAGUCUGUCGUCCGAUUCACCAUAAUCCCCGACCAGGGAACCCAGGUAUGGGCACAAUUACCUGUUUAUUCCAUCUUCGAAGACGCAGACUAUAUCCUUGAGUCCAAUACUGGGGUAAUAAACCUCGAGGUCCCGCUUCCUGCACUUCACCGUGCGCUGCGCUCCGCAGCUGGUGCGAAAUGGGUGCAGCUAAGGUUGACAAAGAAGGGCAAGGUGCCACUCCUGGCGCUUACAAUCAGAACGAAAAGUUGGACGAAGGGAGUGAAUCCAUUGGGGAUUGGAAGUGGUAAUGAAUCAAUGCCUUUGCCUUCAGAGGAAGCAGGAGCAAAUAUAGCGGCAGAAGCAGGAGCAGGAGAAGGUCUAAUGGGUCCCCCAGUAGCCCCCGCUUCAGCUUCAAGGAGCGCAGGAACAGGCCGGCGCGAACGCGAAACUUUCAUCACGCAAGAAAUUCCCGUAAAAGUGAUGCACGAAAGCGCAGUAGAGGGUCUACACGAACCGCACUGCCGCGAUCCAGACGUCCACAUUAUCCUGCCAGACCUCUUCCAACUCAAAAGCAUUUCAGAACGUUUCACGAGACUAGCAGCGGACUCUACGCCCAAGACCGCUGCCCUUGCAGCCACAACGUCAACUACGGCAGAUGCCGUGCUUGGUAGCGUCGGCGCCGGCGUGUCACCUAAACUUGAACUCUCGGCGAACAUGCACGGCUCGCUGCGCCUUGCAAUAGCAACGGAUACCCUUCGCAUCUCCAGUGUGUGGAGUGAUCUUGUGAAUCCUGCUCUUGAUCCGAGUCAACUAUCGCAGACUCAGAUGGAUCAGUUGCCUAGUGAGCGGAUGAGGGCUUUACCCGGGGAUAAUGAGGCGGGUUGGGCUAAGGUAAGGAUUGAUGGGAGGGAUUGGGCCAGGGUUCUUAGUGUGGGGAGGCUGAAUCCUAAGGUUGUCGCUUGCGUCAUCCAUGAGACGGCGCUGAUCCUCUACGUAUAUCCUCCCAGUGGGUAUGAUGAGGAGGGAUCUUGCCUAACAUACUACAUCAACUCCUAUAUGAAUUAA